UAGAACAAAUAUAAAAAUGGAAAGAGUAGGGAUGAUGAACAACAGCAGCAACGGCCAAUCACUGUGGCACUCCUCAUCUCAGUCCCCCAAAACUCCCACCACCAUGCUCGAUCGCGCCCUCUCCUCUCGCCGUCCUCACUCCGACGCCGAUCUCCCCGACUCCGGCGAAUCCGGCACCGACGAAUCCAAGACCAAGCGCCCUCACGUCUACCUCCUCGCCUCCAAUUUCGUCUCCCGGAUCGGACACCAGUGGCUGCCUUGCCUCAUCAUCGCUCUCCUCUUCCUCGUCCUCCUCUUCCUCACCUCCCUGGCUUUCCACUCUAGCAGCUUCGUCUGCGUCUCCCGCUUCGAUCCCGCCGCUCGGAUCGGGUUCUUCGGUUUCGACGGGCUCGAAUCGGAUUUUGGAGCCCUAGGUGUUCCUUGGUGCAGAUCGAAACAUGGAAAAGAAGUUGAGUGGACCUCCAAGGAUUUACUCAAGGCUCUUGAAGAGUUUGUACCCAUAUACGAAACACGACCUAUCAAGAACAAUAUGCAUGGGAUGGGUUUUGAUCACAGCUUUGGGCUAUGGUUCAUGGCGCGUUGGCUAAAGCCAGAGCUGAUGAUCGAGAGCGGCGCUUUUAAGGGGCAUUCCACUUGGGUUAUGCGGCAAGCGAUGCCAGAUACACCGAUUAUCUCACUGACCCCAAGACACCCCGAGAAGUACUUGAAGAAGGGACCUGCCUAUGUGGAUGGAAACUGCACGUACUUUGCAGGCAAAGAUUUUGUUGAUUUUGGAAGUGUGGAUUGGAAGAAUGUGUUGAAGAAACACGGAGUAAAAGAUCUCAACCGUGUUCUUGUCUUCUUCGAUGAUCAUCAGAAUGAACUCAAAAGGAUAAAGCAGGCACUGAAGGCAGGUUUCCAACAUCUCAUAUUCGAGGAUAACUACGAUACAGGAACCGGGGAUCACUAUUCUCUGAGACAGAUAUGUGAUCAGUCAUAUAUAAAAGGAGGUGGUCACAGCUGUUUCAAAGACAGCGAUGAAGCCAGGAUCAGAUCAAACAGGAAGAAGUUCUGGGAGAAAGCAGUUGAUACAGAGGAACUCUGUGGACCAGGUGAAACAUGGUGGGGAGUGCGAGGAGAAAUGAGAGAUGACUUUAACCACUCAAACACACAAAUCUCAUAUAAUCAGCAUUUUCAGAACAGCCGAUACGUUGAAUCGAUUCUUGAUGUCUACUGGGAGCUACCUCCGGUUGCAGGACCUUCAUUGACACAUCAAUCGCGAUACGACCCUGCUCGUUCGACUCCACCGGUGGUAGCAGAUGGGAGGCGCCGAUUGUUCCAAAGAAUCGGAUUAGGUCGGCUGGAUAAGUCUGUGUUCAAUGGCUAUACUCAAAUGGUUUACCUUCAGAUAUCCAAACCCGGGUCAUAGAGAUUGUUUGAUGCCUGCAAAAGAAGAGCGACUCCUUUUUUUCUUACAUUCCUUAGCUUCUCUUACAAAGUUACAACUAGAACUAAAGUUUGUUGCUAUUCCACUGUGCUUUUCGUGUAAAAGUUUCUUGGUCACGGUUGUUAUGGUACGUCAGCCUGGUUUAAAUUUAAAAUAGGCAAGAAAAAUCUGUCCGGUUCUCUCAGUACCAAUCUGUUUACUCUAAACCGGUAAAAUGUUGAGCAAACCGGAAUAAAGACAUGGAAUGUGUUGUCUACUUAUCUUCGUUGUUUAGUACUGGAAAAUCUUAUCAUCGUCUGUCUUUAUGGUUGUGGGAACCAUGGCAGAGAGAUGGACGAACACGGCUCUACUAGUUAUCGAUAUGCAGAAUGAUUUCAUAGAAGAAGGUUCUGUGACGCAAGUGAAAGGCGGAAAAGCGAUAGUUCCUAAUGUUAUCAGAGUGGUCGAACUCGCUAGGCAGCGUGGUGUUCUCGUGGUUUGGGUUGUUAGAGAACACGAUCCUCAAGGACGAGAUGUUGAGAUUUUCAGGCGUCAUCACUACCGUUCUGAGAAAGUUGGACCGGUUGUUAAAGGAACCUUAGGUUCAAAGCUGGUGGAUGGAUUGAACAUCAGAGAAGAAGAAGACUAUAAGAUAGUGAAGACCCGUUUCAGCGCGUUCUUUGGCACACAUCUCCAUUCGUUCCUUCAAACUUCAGGGUUUACCAAGUUAGUCAUCGCUGGUGUUCAAACGCCAAAUUGUAUCAGGCAAACGGUAUUUGAUGCAGUGGAGCUGGAUUAUCCAGAUGUAACUGUUAUUGUAGAUGCCACGGCUGCUGCAACACCAGAGAUUCAUACCGCGAAUAUUCUGGACAUGAGGAACAUCGGCGUCAAGACUCCUACGUUACACGAGUGGUCUGAAGAAUUUGCAUGAUGGAUUUUCGGAUGACAACAUAUCAACCCGUCGUCUAUCUUCUUCCACCUCUUUUUCUUGUCUUUUUAUAUAUUUGUAAUCGAAAGUCUGGAUGAAAAUAAAGUUAAAAAUAUUACACUUAUUA